AUGCCGGUGCCGGCAGCCGAAAACCCCAUGCUGAAGGUCUUGAUGGUUCAGCUGUCAAGCCCAAGUACACCUGAGAGCUCAUGGACCACGAUCCCAGAAGCUAACUCACAAACAGACGGCGACUCCAAUGCCGCGCUCAAGCCCAAGAAAGCCGCAUCGGCGCCGGCAAAAGGCGAUGCGCCGAAGCUGUCGCCUAUCUGGGUAGUCCCCGACCCGAAACGUCUCGAUGACCCCCAGGCGCACAAUCGGGAGGGAUCGGCUUCCGCGCCUCCAAUCUCCUGUGAUCAAUUCAAAGUGUCCGGGAAACAGGACAGUGACCGAGGAGCCCGGGUGGUGGUGGAGGUGGAAGAAGAAGAGGACGCAGACCGACACAUGGCACUCCUGGAGCUUCUGGAGCGUGAUUAUCCCUCCCUCACGCGGUUCGAUGAAGGCCACGGGACCCGUUGCGGCGACGCGCUCAAUUGCAUCACCCUGCCUUGCGUCAACGUCAACCAUCAGGUUGCCGUUUGUCCGCCGCGCUAUCCUCGUCAAUCGAAGCCAUACAAGGACGUGAACCGGAGCGCACACAAAGUCUUGAUCGUCUAUAGGUCUCGCAUCGUCAGGAACUCCUUCAUUCUCAGAAGGCAGCUCUUUGUUGUUCGCAAACCUCCCAACCGACAGAGUGCGAAUCCCACGGCUCUUGACAUGGCUACUCUGGCCCACAUCGUCCGCGACUUCAUCUCCGACUUGUACUGGAUGAAUCGUUUUUCAUCGGACACUGUCCAGUGUGUCAGGGCGGCAAGCAGCGGCCGCAGUUGGUGCCUUGAUACUUCACUGCUCGUGGACCCUGGUCGCGAUUAUGGUCGGGAUAUCCGCAGGAAGAACGGAAGUCGGGCCGGAGACGCCUACAAGGCAUUCGAAGGGUCCGUCCAGGGCACCCGCUACGUGCCCAAGCUCCCACAGGCCGUGGUCCGUCAGUUCGUCCCCCCCCGGCACUCUACGUUCGAGCGCGUGGUUCCGCGGUUUCUAGAUCGCAAUGCAGGUCUCCCGGAAGUUGUUGGCAUCUCUCGCUUCGACUGGAACUGGAAGGCGCUCCGAGUGUCUGGCUAUGCGUUCCGGGACUCACCAUGGUAUCUUGGCUGGGUUACGUGGCCGACCAUAAAGGUUUAA